AUGCCUCAGCCGGCCAGCACGGAAUGGAUUAGUCACACUUAUUAUGUGAAAGACAACCUACGGACUAAGUUGGGUGCGCGGUGCGGUGCCAACGGGGCCAGCAUCGCCCCCAAGUGCUACAACGACAUGGAGGCGGUGCGGGUGCCGUUGGGGACCCCUGCUGGGGCCCCGUUCCGAGUACGGGAAGCGGAGUUAAGUUGGCGUGUGGAGUUCCACCUUCGCGGUCUUCCGCCGCUUCGCCUAUCAGAGAUCGCGGCCGUGGACCCUGGCCCACCGGGGUCCACCACCGGCCCCGGCGGCCCCACGGGCCAGUUCCGUGGGCCCCUGGGCCGGCACAGCGCGACCCGCCGCGCCGUUACUAUGUACAGAGGGCGCGCGGGUCGCGCUCGCAAA